AUGACAUUUGACCCAGAAAUCUUUUUCAAUGUCCUACUGCCACCAAUUAUAUUUCAUGCAGGAUAUAGCCUGAAGAAGAGACACUUUUUUCAAAACUUAGGAUCUAUUUUAACAUAUGCUUUCCUGGGAACUGCCAUCUCCUGUAUUGUCAUAGGGUAAGACCCUCUGCUUUUGCAUCGGACUGGCUGGCUCCCUGGUAUGGUUUUCUUGGGGAUCUUGGGAUUUUGUUCUAUAUCCAUUUACAGUCCCAAGGAGAAUCCAAAUGUAUUUGAUGCUGUGGCAUUCUUCCAGUCCGUGGGGGAUUUCCUGGGGGUCUUUGCGGGCUCCUUUGCAAUGGGAUCUGCGUAUGCUGUUGUUACUGCACUGUUGACCAAAUUUACCAAACUGCAUGAGUUCCCUCUGCUGGAGACGGGCCUGCUCUUCCUCCUGUCUUGGAGUGCCUUCCUGUCUGCGGAGGCAGCAGGCCUCACAGGAAUAGUUGCUGUUCUCUUCUGUGGAGUCACACAGGCACAUUAUACCUACAAUAAUCUGUCACUGGAUUCCAAAAUGAGGACUAAACAGUUGUUUGAAUUAAUGAACUUCUUGGCUGAGAAUGUCAUCUUCUGCUACAUGGGUCUGGCAUUGUUCACAUUCCAGAAUCAUAUCUUUAAUGCCCUUUUUAUACUUGGAACCUUUCUAGCAAUUCUUGUUGCCAGAGCCUGCAACAUAUAUCCCCUCUCCUUCCUCCUGAACCUGGGCCGGAAGCAGAAGGUCCCCUGGAACUUCCAGCAUAUGAUGAUGUUUUCAGGUCUGCGAGGAGCCAUAGCAUUCGCCUUAGCUAUUCAGGACACAGGAUCUCAGCCCAAACAAAUGAUGUUCACCACCACACUGCUGCUUGUGUUCUUCACAGUCUGGGUGUUUGGAGGAGGAACGACCCCCAUGCUGACUUGGCUUCAGAUCAGAGUUGGUGUGGACCUGGAUGAAGAUCUGAAGGAGGAGCCUUCCUCACACCAGGAAGCAAGUAACUUGGAUAAAAGCACAACAAAAGCAGAGAGUGUUGGGCUCUUCCAAAUGUGGUAUGGCUUUGACCACAAGUAUCCUUUGACAAAGAUGACCCAGGACUGCUGCCCGCAGAGGUUACCCCAACACUUACCAUAA